GUUGUUGGUUGAAUUUCAAGUUCUGUGCUGUUCAGCAUUUUUCUUCUCUUUUUUCUCUGAUAUUUCUCUGGUACCUCCACAUUUAUGAUUUUCUCCGUUUCUGAGCCACCAAGAAAAUUCAGUCAGUAGUAGUGGAUCGGUUGUGCUGAGCGCAUUGAAUUCCGUCCGUCGACUCGAAAACCUCGAAAAAUGGUAACAUUGGUGAUGAGUUGGUGUCGGAAUCGACAAUGUUGAUUCCACCGUGGUUAGAGACAUUGUUGUCGACAACAAAUUUCUUCUCUAUAUGUCGAUCUCACGAAGACGCUGCUCGGAAUGAAUGUAAUAUGUAUUGUGUGGAUUGCAAUCUUGAUGCGGCAUUUUGCUUCUGUUGCCGUUCCGCAGAUCAUAAAGAUCAUAAUGUCAUUCAAAUAAGGAGAUCAUCAUAUCAUGAAGUUGUUAGAGUUGGUGAGAUACAGAAAUUCUUUAACAUUGAUGAGGUUCAGACUUAUGUUAUAAACAGUGCAAGGGUUUUGUUCCUAAAUGAAAGACCUCAACCAAAAGGAGGAGGAAAUAUUAGUAAAGGAAGUGGUAGUACCAGUGGUGGAUCAUCAUCAACAGCAGGUUCUCACAUUUGUGAGAUUUGUGGUAGAACUUUGUUAGAUUCAUGUCGAUUUUGCUCCUUGGGUUGUAAGGUUGUAGGAAUAAGGAAGAAUAGAAAUGCAAGUUUUGUGGUGGAUGAAAGAAAGGGUGAAGUAAAGGAAGGAGAAUUUCAUGAACAAAGUACAAGACAACAACAAAAACAAAAUGUGUAUCCAUUCAAAUCCCCAAUUGCAGCUACUAAUAUCAACACCACUCCAACAAGUAGAAGAAGAAAAGGUAUUCCUCAUAGAGCACCAUUUGGGUCCUAGCUAAUAAUGUAUUUACUUUCCUGAAAACAACUAUACUUCUCAAUGGAUCAUCAUCAUCCGUUUCGUGUAAGAUAUUGUUUGCCUAAAUACGGUUCCAAAGAUUAAUGUCAAAUGCGGAUGAAUACAAAGAAACGUGUCGAAUGGAAAAAUCUGCUGCAACAUAACGGAAUGGUAAAGUUAUCAGAUAUUGAUACUAUAAUUUUAGCGGAGGAUUUGUGAAUGUGAAUGAUAUCUACGAUUCUCAUUAUUUUUAGUGAAGCAAUUGAAAUAGGAAAAAUUAAUAUGUAAACCUUGACCUGUGCCUCUCGGAGGGUCAUUCUCUUUACCCCAUUUCUCUAAUGUCAUACUCUUUGUAUUUGUGGAAGAAAAAAAAAUCAAUAAUGUUGAAUUAUUGUUGGGUCUACAUGUACAUUAAGCUAAAUGAAAUCUAAAUUAAU